AUGGCUCAAGCACCACCCACACCUCCUCCCAUGAGCGCAACAGAGCUUCGUGACGAAGCUCGAGAUUCUAUCAUUGCUUCCUCAGCGGAAUCCUCGGAUCCCACUGGCGUGACCACAUCACCUAAUAGCUCAGGCAGCCCGGAACCUUCCCAACAACUUUCUGCUGUCCAAGAUAUCUACCAGCAAGUUUUUCCCCAGUUAUCUAAUUUGGCCGAGCAAAGGAAUUUCGUUGGCAUCACUAAUAUCGCUGAACAUCACGACUUGAACGGUUCAAAUGACAAAAGUCACACCAGACUGCUUUUGAUUGCCCCAUUGGUACUGGCUUAUAUGGUGCUGGAUGAUUUGACACCUGCUCAACAUGCCCUUGCACGGUUGCCUGAAAGUGUGUCCUCGCAUCCCCUGUCGCAUGCACUCGCAGUACUCUUAGCAUCCGCUUUGGAACGAAAGUAUGAAAAUACUUACGCUCGGGCCCAAGAGCUGUUCCAGAUGUCGCAGCAGAGUGACUUCCCUGAUUCAAGGUUGGGGAAAACUGUUGGUCUACUAGUUAACGACUUCCUCGAUGCGUUCCGCAAGAAUACCUUCACGCUUGUUUCGCGAGCAUUCGCGUGCCUCCAUGUUACGGAAGCUCAGAAAUUACUUGGGCUGGGACGAAAGGAGGUACUUGCAAUUGCGAACAACAACCACUGGCAAUUCGACGCGACCAGUGAUAUACUGCGACCCUCGAAUGCUUCUCUUCCUGCUCUGGUUGCUACGAAACCUGGGACGUCCCUAGUACUGCCGUCCUCGGUGAUGACGUUCGAUCUCGUCGUGAACAGUGUUACAACCUCAGAAUCAGCUGUAUAUCCUGAGUGA